AUGCCUACCCCAGGACCAUCACCGUCCAUGUCGCCCGUCCUAGAUGCCACACUAUGUGACCCCUCCCCAGCGGACGUCACUUUAAGACCCAGCAGGUGCUCGAUGGACGCUUUAGACCCUUCGGCCGAGGAAAUUCCGGAUUGCUCCGCCCUUUCAACACCCUGUCCCCAACGAAAGAAAGGCUCGGGAAACCCGCUAUCCUAUAGCUCCGUCCUCAAAGAGCCUACAUUCUGCGAUUUUAUGGACCUUAGUGAUGAUGACAUCGCGGAAGAGCACCCCGACAACCCGCCCUCGGGCAACAGUGCUGAGAGGGACUCGACCCCGUCACCACCUUCAACGUCAUCCUCAUCCUUAACAACGUCAAGGUCGCGUGCUGCGUCUCUACUUACCCUCCCACCUCCAUAUACUAGCCGACCCGCUACUGCGGCCGCCUUUGAAGCCGCUCGGAUCGCCGCAAGAUACAAGUUCGAUCUCGUUUACGUGGUCAACCUUUGGCCGGACUGGAACCCUCACCAGGACCCAUGUUCCACGCCGACGCUUGCCUCCAAGUCGGCGAUGGCGGGAGGGAACAUGACGGGCAGGCUUCUCGCUGCUUACGGGCUUUUCACUGUCAAGUCGCCGUUCCGCAUCUCCGCGGCAGUCCACAGCCACAUCCUCCAGACUGGCACCUGGAUCGAGUACCGUAACAAAGGCACCAAGAAUAACGAAUUUGCACGUGGCUAUGCCUGUGCCUUUUAUCGCGGGGAGUAUGGUCGGCGCCGUGGAUCCGCCGACUCCUGCUCCAGCACGGCGACAGGGAUGUCGGUCAAUGGGAAUAUCAAUCGCGGUAUUGUUUUCGCCGCUUACCGGAAACCUCGUCCUGAUGGCGACGACUCUGCGGUUGGUUGUAAUGACUCGGAGCUUUCUACCAUCUACAACGAUGCCGAAGCAUUGGUAGAGAUGUUGAUCGACAUCCACAUGGCAAACCGCCUGAGAUACUCUGGUCACCACGGUAAACACUCAGACGAGACGGGGCCCAUGCCAGUCCACAGGCCCACCGAAAUUACAUUGGGAUGA